AACAAGCCUUCAUUACGAACAAAUUCGAAAAAGAAACAUAACCAUGCUUAAAUCUUUCAAACGACGGGAAGCAAUAAAACAAAAACCAAUAAUACAAAUUGCAUAGAUUUUCUUAUUUUUUUUCAGAUCUGACCAAAAGAAGGAAGGAAGAAGUCAGAUUCGAAUACGCCUGAGAUACCCACAGUUCACGCCAAGGAACUGCCGCUACACUGCGCUACAACAACCCGUUGCGGCUUCUGAUCAGAACCUCGCAGCUUCAAGCCGUCGCCGGAAUCGCGACCCAUGGCGACCAACUUCCGUCCGCCCCUCGUCAGGUAUAGUUUUCUGUUCCUUCUAUGUGUUGUACCGAAAAUGUUGAUAAUGUUUGUUUCACUUUUAAUUUGAAAACUGGAAAGAGAUGGGAGAUUCGUAAAAAGAGAGUAAAAUGUGUUUUGGUGCGUGGCUAGUCUGCAGUAUAUGUUGGCUCUAUUUUCUUUUUUUUUUUAAUUUAUUUAUUAUAAUAAUAUACCAUGUGUCAUGUUUCUAUUAGAAGGGAGUAUAUACUGAAAAAGUCAAUUUCCUCUUGAGGAAUUUUAUCAAAUUCUGUUUGUUGUUUUAAAAAAAAAAAGAAAUUAUAAAAAUAAAUAGAGUAAAAAAUUGGUGGCCGAGCAACCCCUAUUUGGCUUCUUUUUAGUAUUAACUAGUGUCUUACCCGUGCGUUCGCACGGGUACCCGUCGGUCUUGCGCAUUGGAUUUUAGGGCACUUUAAUAAAAUAGGGAAAAUAAAUAUAUAUGUGUAAGUUCAUAUAAUAAGGUAAAAUAUUUUAAAUAGGUUAAAAAUACAUGUUGGGCCUUAUAGUUGGUUAAUAUAUCUAAGUUAAUAGGACAUUAAAGUUUAUUGGGGCUUAGAUGGUUAGCCUUGGUGCAGAAAACCUAUUUUUAUUGUUAGACCUAAUAUGUUAAUAGGCCCACAAAAGAAUCCUAUUAUUGUUAUUGUUACAUAACGUUGCAUUUAAAAUUAAAGAAACGUUGGAUUCAUAACUCUUCAACGUGUUGGCAAUCAAAGAGUCUGUCUUUGGCAUUGUUGGUGUAAGAAACGCAGGGUUCGGUGAUAAGUGUGAAGAUCAAAAUGUCGCAGCCAAGAAGUUCACCCGAUCGGUUGGAGUUGCAAACUCCAUGGAAGCGGCUCACAGUUGAGAGGAUACUGAGUGGGUCACAUGAGAAUGAGGAUGUUAUGGAGGAAUGGAAGAAACAACAUGAAAGAUUGAAUCGUGUCGAAGAUGCCGGUAAAGUUUCUGUAGAGGCUGCCAGGGUUGUUGAAAAUAAAAGGGAUGAUGGAGAUGGGAUAGGAAGUUCUAAGGGAUUAUCAGAUACUGCUGAUUUGAAUGAAUACAUAAUGAUAUCUUCUGAUAGUGAGAGGGAAAUGAGUCCUAUACAGGAGGAGUUCGAAGAAGCGUACUGGACUCGUGAAGUUCAUGAUGUAAAGAAGUUUUGCUCAAAUGUUAUGCAUAUUCCUGCAGAAAUAGUAGAGAAAUGUGGACUUGCUGGAAUGUCAGAGAUUACCCUCAAUGAUGUGGACAACGGGUACCCAUAUGAGUGCAAUGUGAAGAAGAGGCCAAAAAAAAUGAAACAUAUUUGUAUGGAGAAUGGUUUGACUAUGUAAGGGCAGCUGAAUUGAAAGAAGGUGAUAAAGUGCACUUUGUGAUUUAUUACCCGCCAGUGUUAGAUAUUAUGGUAACAGUGGAGCGCAGUGGUGAUCGUUGAUAGAGCUGUUGGUUAGGCAAUGUUUGUGGUGGAUGUAUAUGGCCGUUUUUUGGCAGUUUGGUUUGUAUGGGAAUUAUCGUUUUGUUUUUUUGUUGUAAUGGUGGAUGUGAACAAAGAUUAACAAUUAUGGCACUAUGUAUGGUUUUAAAUUAAAUAUUAUCAAUUUUGGUUG